AGGAGGGGGGCGAGCGCUAGGGGCCGCGCCGCGCGGACGCACGCACCGAGCUGCCGCCGCUGCUGCUGCUGCCGCUGCCGCUGCCGCUGCCACUGACGCGGCCGCCGAGGGGCCUGGCUGUGAGGCUGCGCGGGGCCCGACUGGCGAUCGCUGGAGCGGCAGGCCGACUUCUCACCAUGAAGCUACGCCCAGACUCUGGGGCCUGCCUUCUUCUGGCCCUGCUCAGCAUCUGGACGUCUGCCUCGGGGGCUUCCGCCGUGUCCAGGGGGACAACCACCCUCAGCGCGGCCUCGUUCCUGCAUGACCUCAUGCAUCACUAUGGGGAGGGCGACAGCCUCACGCUGCAGGAACUGAGGAAGCUGCUCGACCACCUGAACGUGGUCGUGAGCCAGGCCAACAUGAGCCAGCCCGUGCAGGGACCUCGGAACCUCUCCACGUGCUUCAGUGCUGGAGAGCUCUUCGCGGCCCACAACUUCAGUGACCAGUCACGCAUCGGGAGGCGUGAGUUCCAGGAAUUCUGCCCCACCAUCCUCCAGCAGCUGGAUUCCCAGGCCUGCUCCUCGGAGAACCGGGAGAACAAGGAGAACGAGCAGACGGAGGAGGGGAAGCCCAGCGCCGUGGAGGUGUGGGGCUUUGGUUUCCUCAGUGUCUCACUGAUUAACCUGGCCUCUCUCCUGGGAGUCCUCGUCCUGCCCUGCACGGAGAAAGCGUUUUUCAGCCGUGUGCUCACUUACUUCAUCGCCCUGUCCAUUGGAACGCUGCUCUCUAACGCGCUCUUCCAGCUCAUCCCCGAGGCGUUCGGCUUCAACCCCCUGGAAGACUAUUACGUCUCCAAGUCUGCAGUGGUAUUUGGGGGCUUUUACCUUUUCUUUUUCACAGAGAAGAUCUUGAAGAUGCUUCUGAAGCAGAAAAAUGAGCAUCCUCACGGGCACAGCCAUUACACCUCUGAGACACUGCCAUCCAAGAAGGACCAGGAGGAGGGUGUGACGGAGAAGCUGCAGAACGGAGAUCUGGACCACAUGAUCCCGCAGCACUGUGGCAGCGAGCCAGACGGCAGGGCCCCCGGAGGCGACGAGAAAGUCAUCGUGGGCUCACUCUCUGUGCAGGACCUGCAGGCUUCCCAGAGCGCCUGCUACUGGCUGAAGGGCGUCCGCUACUCCGACAUCGGCACCCUGGCCUGGAUGAUCACCCUGAGCGACGGCCUCCACAACUUCAUCGACGGCCUGGCCAUCGGCGCCUCCUUCACCGUGUCCGUCUUCCAAGGCAUCAGUACCUCGGUGGCCAUCCUCUGUGAGGAGUUCCCGCACGAGCUGGGGGACUUCGUCAUCCUGCUCAACGCGGGCAUGAGCAUCCAGCAAGCGCUCUUCUUCAACUUCCUCUCGGCCUGCUGCUGCUAUGUGGGCCUGGCCUUCGGCAUCCUGGCGGGCAGCCACUUCUCUGCCAACUGGAUCUUCGCACUGGCUGGAGGGAUGUUCCUGUACAUCGCUCUGGCCGACAUGUUCCCUGAGAUGAACGAGGUCUCCCAGGAAGACGAGCGGAAGGGCAGCGUCCUGGUCCCCUUUGCCAUCCAGAACCUGGGGCUCCUCACGGGCUUCACCAUCAUGCUGGUGCUCACCAUGUACUCAGGACAGAUCCAGAUUGGCUAGGGCCGGCGGGACGGGGCAGGCCCUCGGCUGCAGGCCCCUCAGAGCGGGCAGCUCCAGCAGAGACAGUGCCGCAGACGAAGCUGCCGGGGCCCCCUCCUCAGAGUGACUCAAGGCCGGACACGGGCCCCAGCACACAGCAGACCACUCAUCUCUGGUUCCCCGCACCGUCCUCCCCGAACCCACACCGAGAGAUGCCAGGUCCUCCCCCGACAAUGCCAAAGUAUAGUGGCCAGUCCCAAUUGGGUUAGAAAUCGCAGGGGGAUCAGUGUCCAGACCCAUGAAUUUGCAUUCUGGACACUGAAUUGGGCCCCUCCGAUUGGGUCGCACGGUCCGUCAGGCACCCGGUCACCCUGAGAUGGGAGUGCCGGAGAAGCUGACCAGGGCAGGGAGGAGGUGGAGGGGCAGGGGCCCCCCCUGUGCCAAGGGACAGUGGGGCCCAGGGGUGUCCAGUCUGCGGGGGCAGGGGUACCUCACCCCCUGUCUCAGGCUGCCCCUGGCCUGCAACGCCUGAGGUGGGGCUGGGUCCCACCCUCAGUUCCUGUUCCUGCCAGACUCUCGGGUUUACCACGGUCCCCCCAGCCACCUCCCCAAGCCCAGCGAGCACAUCAAGAGGGUCCAGGUUCCACCCCCACCCCCCACUCUCCCCAGCCCAGGCCCUGCCUGGACAGGUGCUUGUGGGCUUGGGGGGGCGGAGCCUAGGAUUUAUUCACUUCCCGACCACAAGUCCGAGGUGGCGGGUCCCUGCGGUCCAGAGGCUGCUGAGGACACCACAGGGCUCAGCCCUCCCUCCCACAUCCCAGACCGGGA